AUGUACUCAUUCAGUGGUUCCCUAGAAGGGAGACAGCGAGAGAUCCCGUACUCGGUCCUUUCGCAACGGCCCGACCUGCGACAUUUGGGAUCCACGCAAAGCCCCAACUCGGAUCUCUAUGUGACGGCGCAACUAUGGUCGGACUCGAAACCGUUGGGGGUGCCUUUGCAGACGUCAUACAAGGGGUUCAAAUCAGCUAGGUCAUGGGGUGAAUGGCUUGAGAUGCCUCUGUCCAUGAAGGAUGCUCCCCUUAAGUGCCAGCUGGCUAUAACUGUCUGGGAUCUGUCCCCGGCGAAGAGUGAUGGAUCGCAAGCGCAUAAUGUCCCCUUUGGCGGCACGACGAUACCCUUGUUCGACCAAGAUGGUAAAUUAAAGAUGGGCCGACAAAAAUGCAAGAUCUAUCGCCACAAAGCGGCGGACGGCCUCUCCGCUACAACGACUCCCUCAACUCCACCUCCUAAGCGACGCCGAGCCAACGCCGCUGAUUCGUUCGGUCCUUCAUCCGAAGAAUUGGAACUGGAGCGAGUGGAGGUUCUCAUCAAGAAGCACGAGAUGGGAGAGAUACCGCGGAUUGACUGGAUGGAUCAGAUGGUUUUCCGACAAUUGGAGAAGCUUAAGCUGAAUGCCGAGGAAGCUGCAAGGAAGCGUGCUAUCCGGUUGAAGGCAAUCAAACACAAGCUACCGAGUGAAGAAAAUGCAGAUGAGGACUCGGAUCCAGAAGAUUUUGACGACGAAAACUUCACCUUAUACGUCGAGUUCCCACGAUUCGAUCACCCUAUCAUUUGGUCGGACCACGAAUACUCCGCGCCUCCUAUUUCAUCGCAUUCCCAGAACGCGGCUGCAAAUGCAAACCCUGCACUGAAACCUGUCCCCGAAGUCCGGUUCGGUCCGGGCAUAGAAGGCACGGAUGGGGACAGCGUGAUUCGAAUUUACGAUCCCGAAGUCGGCCAGACGGGCAACCCGUGCGAAGACAAACACAGGAGGCUUAUUCGUAGUCAUCGCACCGGUAUCAUGGACCGAGACUUAAAGCCAAACCCCAAGAUCCGUGAUGAACUAAACGUUAUUCUAUCAUACGAGCCCACGCAAGAUCUCACCGCGGAAGAAAAGGAUGUUGUUUGGCGCUUCCGCUACUACCUGACGCGUGAGAAAAGCGCGCUCACCAAGUUUGUCAAGUCAGUGAACUGGCGAGAUGCGGGUGAAGCGCAUCAAGCCGUGGAAAUACUUCCUAAAUGGACUGAAAUUGACGUCGACGAUGCGCUGGAACUUCUGGGGCCGACAUUCGAUAAUCCCGCCGUUCGUUCUUAUGCAGUGGACCGGCUUCGAAAAGCUGACGACGAAGAGCUUUUGCUCUAUCUAUUGCAAUUAGUGCAGGCACUCAAGUAUGAGGAUCAUUCCGACGGGACGACGGAAGAUGUUGCCCAUGACUCGUCUCUAGCCAAUUUCCUUGUCACUCGUGCUGCCAACAACUUCCAACUUGGAAACUAUUUGCAUUGGUACCUCAUGGUCGAAUGUGACGAUACGGGCCCAGGCACUCUGGAAUCACAGCGUAGAGUGUUUGCCCGUGUGGAGUAUUAUUUCAUGACCGAGUUGGAGCGAAUCCACCCAGAACACCGAAAGACGCUGCUACGGCAGGGUGAGCUGAUCACCGUACUCUCGAAGAUUUCCAAGGACAUUCGAUUUUCCCGGGAAAAUCGAAUUCUCAAGAUCGAGAGGCUGAAAAAGGUUCUGAGGGAUCCUAAGAAUGACUUUGUGCAUAUUGACCCACCUUUGCCGCUACCUUUGGAUCCUGAGGUCCUCAUCACCGGCUGUUAUCCGGACGAGUCAAAUGUUUUCAAGUCCACCCUGUCGCCUCUAAACAUCACCUUCAAGACCGUCGAGGGGCAGAAAUAUCCCCUCCUGUUCAAAGUCGGAGACGAUCUUCGGCAAGAUCAACUUGUCAUCCAGAUCAUCAUUCUCAUGGAUCGUCUCCUGCAAAAGGAAAAUUUAGACCUCAAGUUGACCCCGUACCGUAUCCUUGCCACCAACUCUACGGCCGGCGCCGUUCAGUUCAUCCCUUCCCAGUCUCUCUCUGCAGUAUCGGCGAAAUACAAGUCCGUCCUCGCAUACCUCAGAGCCAACAACCCCGACGAUAACGAGCCUCUCGGAAUCCGCAAGGAAACAAUGGACACGUACAUCAAAUCCUGUGCCGGGUAUUGCGUGAUCACCUAUCUCCUCGGCGUCGGCGACCGACAUCUAGAGAACCUCCUCCUCGCACCGGACGGUCAUUUCUUCCACGCGGACUUCGGCUUUAUCCUGGGCCGCGAUCCCAAGCCCUUCGCGCCCAUGAUGAAACUCUGUAAGGAGAUGGUCGAAGGCAUGGGCGGCACCACCUCCCCUCACUAUCUCCAAUUCAAGCAGUAUUGCUUCACUGCAUACACUACGCUCCGCAAAUCUGCCAACCUGAUCCUGAACCUCUUCAGUCUCAUGGUCGAUGCCAAUAUCCCGGAUAUCCGCGUGGAACCAGACAAGGCCGUCUUGAAGGUCAAGGAGCGGUUCAACCUCGAGAUGACGGACGAAGAAGCCAUUCGACACUUUGAGCAGCUCAUUAGUGAUAGCGUCAAUGCCAUCUUUGGUGUGGUUAUUGAUUACCUUCAUGAGUUUGUGCAGGGGUGGAGGGCAUGA